AUGGCUGCCAUGAGUUUAUGCCACGUGUCACUCCGCCACCGGAACUCUCCAGCGUCACCUCCAACCACCGCAUAUCCUUCUACAGCCAGCAGCUUUUCCGUUUCCGCCGCUGCGUCGUCGGAAACCUCCACCGCACCUUCGGAACAACCUGAGAUCGAGCUAGAAUUCCUUGGUCCUAAAUCAGGAGAUGCAGUAAACAGAGCCAAAGCCGUAAGUGGAGAGAAGCUGCUGAGGAACAUAAUGUUGGAUAACAAAAUUGAGCUUUAUGCCAUUUAUGGGAAAUUAAUGAAUUGUGGAGGUGGUGGAAGCUGUGGAACUUGUAUAUUCGAGAUUAUCGAUGGAAAGGAUCUCCUGAAUGAGCGAACGAAUACAGAGCUUCGAUAUCUCAAAAAGAAGCCGGACUCUUGGAGGCUUGCAUGUCAAACUAUUGUAGGAAAUAAAGAGAACUCUGGAAAGGUGGUUGUCCAAAGGCUGCCCCAACAGAAAUGAUCA